CCACUUUCCCCUGUCAAGCUUUUGUCGAGUUGUAAACAAAUCGCUCUAAUUGCCUGGUGCGUACGCGUACGUGGGAGGAAAGUUUUUGUGGCCCCUUUUUCUCGAUUCUAGCACCAAAUUCCGACCUGCCGACACAGUGUAUCCUCCCACCGAACCAUUGCCCCGACCGCUGGCACCACCCGGGUAUCCGUAAACACAGGGAUGGAAAACGAUAAAAUGGAAAUCUACGAAUCGCUGAUACGCUGGCUCAGCGAGCUGAACCUGUCCGCCCCGCACGGCACGGUGCAGGAGCUGUCGGACGGGGCGGCCCUCGCCCAAGCGCUCAACCAAAUCGCGCCGGAAGUGUUCACCGACAGCUGGCUGUCCAAGAUUAAGUCGGACGUCGGCGCGAACUGGCGGCUGAAGGUGAGCAAUCUGCGGAAAAUCAUCGAAGGCAUCUACGUGUACUAUCAGGACGAGCUGAGCCUGAACCUGUCGGAGGAGCUGCGCCCGGACGCGCUGAAAAUCGCGGAAAAGGGUGACCCGCACGAGCUCGGCCGGCUGCUGCAGCUCAUACUCGGCUGUGCGGUGAACUGCCUGGAGAAGCAGAAGUACAUCACGCAGAUCAUGGAGCUGGAGGAGUCGCUGCAGCGGAACAUAAUGGCCGCCCUGCAGGACAUCGAGUACAUCUGGCAGGGUGCGUCGCCGUCGCGCAACUCGAUCAACACGGCCGCCACGAGCCUGGACGUGAAAACGCUGCAGGAGGACCGGGACACGCUGGCCCAAAAGUGUCACGAAACGAACAAAAAGAUGCUCGGGUUGAUAGAGGAAAAGGCGGCCCUGCAGCAGGAGAUCGUGAAGCUGCAGGCAAUUGUGGGACGGUACGAAAACCCGAACCUGAUCGGCGACGACGGAACGUCGCUCGGGCCGAUACAGCUCGGGUCGUCGCGCUACAACGACCUGCGCAAGCUGGUCGACAGCCUGAAGGAUGAGCUGCUGCAGGCGGAAACGGCCCGGGACGACCUGAAGAUGAAGUCGAUGAUACAGGAGAAGGAGAUCGGCGAGCUGCAGGUAAAGAUCGAUGAGCUGCACGCGGCCACGGCCGAGAUCGCGCAGCUCAAGGACGAGAUCGACAUUCUGAAGGAGGCGAACGAGAAGCUUAAAAUCUGCGAAACGCAGCUGCAAACGUACAAGAAGAAGCUGGAGGACUACAAUGAUUUGAAGAAACAGAUCAAGCUGCAGGAGGAACGGAGCGCCGACUACCUGAAGCAAAAUCUCGAAUACGAGGAGGAAGCGAAGAAGUACGCCGGGCUGAAGGGGCAGGUAGAGCUGUACAAGAAGAAGAUACAGGAUCUGCACGGCAUGCUGGACGAGGAGAUGGGCAAGACGGUGCGGGCCGAGUUCGAGUACAAUCAGCUGCAGGGCCAGCUGGCGGUGGUGCAGCGGGAGAAGGAGACACUGCUGAGCGAGCGGGACACGCUGCGGGAAGCGCUGGAUGAGCUGAAGUGUGGCCAGGCAGUGGGUGCGGAUGGGGUUGGCCAUGGCGGGCCGGGUGGAAACACAAUGUCCAAGGAGCUGCACUCGAACGAUGUGUGCGAGCGCAUCGAGCGGCUAGAGCGGGAGAACAAAGCGCUGCGGGAGGGACAGGGCGGUCAAACGGCACUUUCGCAAUUACUAGACGAUGCAAAUCAGCGCAAUGAAAAGCUGCGCGAGCAGCUGAAAUCCGCCAACCAGAAGAUCCUUCUACUGAGUCAGCACCACGCGGAAGAUGGAACCACCAAGAGUGAGCUGGAAAUGCAGAUGAAACAAACGCUGGAACUCGGUGAGCAGCGCUCCUCCGCACAGCAGCAACUGGACGAAACGACGCAGCACCAGCUCAGCAAUCUGCACACGAAAAUAGCCAACCUCGAGGCGGCCCUCGUCGUGAAGGACCAGGAGCUGCAGGCGGCCGACGUGCGCUACAAAAAGUGUGUCGAGAAGGCGAAGGAAGUCAUCAAAACGCUCGAUGCGCAUGCAAUCAGUGAAGCCCUGCUGAUGGAUAAGGUGGAUUCGGCCAGUGGGACCGGAGUCGAUGCCACCCUGACGACGGUCGGCAACGGCGGUACCGCGGCCCGUGCACCGAUGGGCCAGCAGGAGGAGCAGCUCAUUGCCACCGCCUUCUACCGGCUCGGCAUGGUUUGCCACCGGGAAGCGGUCGAUGCGCGUCUGCUAAGCGGUCCGGGGCAGAGCUUCCUCGCCCGCCAGCGACAACCGGCGGCCCGGAAACCGCUCAAUGCCAACUACGCCAAAAAGUGAGCGAUUAUUGAGAUGGAGAUUCGAAUUCGACAGGCGUACGAGCACGUGCGUCACCCCUGCCGGAAGGUGCCUUACGCUAGCGACAAAUAGUGUGAUCUAGUGGACGUGGCGGAGAAAAGGUGGUAGGCCACGCUGGGGUCACCUUUUGCGUUGCCGAUCUCCUCCCCCUCCUUUCGCGCUCCAUCUCUCUGAGUUGGCUCUUUGUGACCUUCCUCCGAUUCGAUUGUAUCGCUUCAUUUAAUCAUUUUUACAAAAGUGAAACGUUCAGGACCUCCAAAAACACACACACACACGCGUAGGGACCUUCCCGUUUUACUUUCAGCGAAAGUAGGCGAAGAUAUUAUCCAGGAACGUUUUUUAUAAGUGUGAGUAAGUGUGGUUUUACGAACCUUUCCUGUGUACUAUUUAUUUUUACACAACUCUGUGUGUUUUGUGUUGAUUUUUCGGUUUUUUAAUCCCUUUAAGUACCCGAUCGUGUCGCGUAUUCCAAUUGUAAUGAAAAAUAUAUAUAUAUACACGUUUGACAACAAA